AUGAGCCAGGAUAAGAAGCGACAUCAUGCAGGACAGGCGACGACAAUCCCGAGACCUCCACCACUGCCAGCUCCAAGACCGCUCGCUCUGCAGCAGAGAGCCCGAGAUGCAGCGUCGAGGUUUCUUGGCUUUUCGUCGCGACCUCCAAGUCCGCAGAGUCUACCAGACGACGAGCGCUUCACGCACAACAGCAUUCAGACCAGGUCCUCCUCCAUAGGCGCCACCCAAGAUGCAACAACGACCCACCGGACUGGUCUGGAGAUCAAGACCAUCAGCAUCAAUGAGCGGGGUAGUCAUGCUAUCAUCGCUGGCAAGGCCAUCUUCAAGACUGUGAAGGUGGAAGAUGGGCAUUGUGCAGAGGACUUCAACCUUCGAACGGCGAUCCGAAGCACGCCCACUCAAGCCUCAGGACAGCCACGACAAGUAUACGAAAUUGACAUUGCCGACGUCGCCUGGGCGAAGGGCGACACCGGGGACUUCGUCGCAGCUGCCACAUCCAGUGGAAAGAUCAUUGUGUAUGACCUUGGUCACGCUGGGCUCCAAGCAGCACAGCUCCACGAGCAUUAUCGCCAAGUCCACAAUGUAACAUUCAACCCACACCGCGGUAGCCUCCUCCUUUCUGGCAGCCAAGACGGUACUGUUCGAUUGUGGGACAUCAGAGACUGUCGAAGCCAGGCAAGUGCCGUCCACAGCAAGCGCAAGUAUUCCGGCCAGAGCGAUGGUGUUCGAGAUGUGAAGUGGUCGCCAACGGAAGGCUUCGAUUUCGCCUUCGCUACUGACCACGGCGACGUCCAGCGAUGGGAUAUGCGGAACCUGAAGGCCGCCAAGGUGAGGAUACCGGCUCACGGUCUGGCAGUCAACACCGUCGACUGGCAUCCUGAUGGCAAGCAUAUCAUGAGCGCCAGCUCCGACAAGACCGUCCGAGUGUUUGAUGUGUCAACCAGUCGACCGAAAAAGGCAUCGUGGGAGAUCAAGACAGCGCAUCCCGUCAUGCUUGCUCGAUGGCGUCCUGCGUGUCAGUCAAUCAUGCCGCAUGACAACGGAGCCCAGCAGUGCACCCAGAUCGUGACUGCAUACGACAGAGAUCAUCCAACGAUGCACGUGUGGGACCUCCGCCGACCACUGCUACCUUUCCGUGAGUUGCAGCCAUACCAGAAAGAGGCGCCAACGGACAUGCUGUGGCAUUCGCAGGAUCUGUUGUGGACUGUGGGUCGAGAAGGCAUCUUUCUGCAAAGUGACAUCCAGCACACGCCAAAGGUGAUUGAUCGAUGCAAUCUACAGGCUGUUGACAUUUCGUCGCGCGGUGAAAUGACGUUUGUCGCGCAACGGCGAAGGCACAGGCGAAAGCCCACGCCACAACAAAUUGCUUCGCUUCACGCCAAGCCGACAAGCAGCAGUCUGGGAACAAGCCCUGACAGUGCCAUCCUCAGCAGAAGUUGGGCAGACGACAGUCUCGAUCACUCCUUCUUGAGUGUGCUACCAUUCAAACGGUCAGGACGAACCAGCAGCGGCAGCAGAACACACGGUGCCCACGUGUCUUCCUCUCACAACUACAACCAAGCUGCAACGAUCAAGCUCGACGAUAUACUGUUCAACCGCAAGUCCUUCAGGCCUCAGCAAGUCUCCUGUCGCGGAGAACUACCUUCACACAACAGUGCCAGUGCGCUCAAGUUCUUGGCCGAGCGUUACAAGAUGGCUCACCAUAUCGGUGGUCGGCUCACAGUAGCGGCAAGGUUGGCAUCGGAAGGAGAGUGGUCAGAUGAGGAACGUGUAUCCAUCCCCACGCCACUGCGCUCGAUCAUCAAUCUCAACCGAGGAUUCAAUAAUGCUCCAAUGACCGAGAGGAGAGUCAUACCGGCAUCAGCAUUCGACGCAGACGCGAUACAAGCCGAUCUCGACCUCAAGGACAACGUCAAGAAGGUGUUUGAAGACAACGAGGACUACGCCCAGCAGAUCAACUUCCACAGCAGCGCACAAGCAUGGAACGUGGUACGCCAUUGCGUCGAUGAGCACCUUCGGGACGUGAUACAGUACAAGCAAGAACGCCUUGCCCUGCACGUACCAAAUCAAGCCGCAGGACAAUUCGGACAAUCGACUUCGAUCGAGACACUAGCAAAGAGGCUAGCAAUCCAGCAUCAGAAGUCGCCAGCUCAGUCUCCCGGCACAAUGCGACCAGCUUCCACUCUCGCGCAGCAGCUCACCGUUGCCGAGAGCACAUCGAACGCUCCUACGCCACUCGCACGUCCUUCGACAUCAGGCAAAAUGACAAGCUCCCCUGGAAACAACCUACCAGAUCCCGACAAAGGCGAGAAGAUCGCGCUUCCUCCCUCGAUCGCAUCAAUCGACACCCCGCAGCCGGUCGUGCCUGUAGACCAUCAGCAGCACCAAUCAUCCGGCCGUAGGCUUACGCUGGAGAACUUGGAAGACUUACAGAAGCUGCAGCUCAAGGACACAGCAGUACAACGAUGGUCGAUACAUCCUAAGCACCCUCUGAGCCUAGACCCAGUAGAUGAGCAUGGGGUAAGGAUCCCUCUAUCACGAUUAGAGAAGCAUGACAGCGGAGAGAGCUUUCAGUUCCUGGAGGAGUCAGCAGGAUCAAGAGACUCUUCAUUUCCCGCAUCUCUGGAUAGCCGUGGUUCACCGACAUUGCACAUGGUUUCAGCGCACCCAAGUCGAGCAAGGAAACAUGAGCUGCCGACAUCCUACCAAGCAUCAGCACACGAAGAUGAGCUGACCUCCGCCGCCCAAUCGAUGUUCUUUGCAGGAUCUGGGACUCUGGCCAACAGUGCUGUCGCCACCAAGGAGAACUCGGGAAACACGAGCAUGAACACUUCAGACGAAGAUCUCAAGAAGAAGCAGAACACUGACAUCAACGACUUCGCCUUCCGUAGCAAGAAGUCUACCAUGCAAGAGGAACAUGCAGCCCUCGACAUCGCCACGAACGAUCAGCAUGAUGGUCCCGCUCAGAUGGAUGAUCAGCCAGCUAGCCAGCUCCCGAUGGCCACGCCGCCUCAUGCCUUCCACUACGACAUGAUUUCUAGACAAGCCGUAGACGAUAUCGCAGCAUGGACGAACGAAAACGUGUCUCCCACAGACUCAGUCAUGGGAAGCGAUCCAUACCAAAAGGAUCUCGAGGAAGAAAAGCCCUGGACCUUACUAGAAAUGCUCGACCAAUUCAUAGCGCACUACACCAUCAACCAGCCAUACCCACAAAUGGCCGCGGCGCUCCUCCUUCUGGUCGGUCCUCUCCUCCCACGCACCCAUCCCCUCCCAAUGCCAGAGAUCCAAGCGACAGUCUCGUACUACGUCGACACCUACCUCGCGCUUGGCUGGGACGCUGCAGAGAUCCCGCGCGUGAUCAAGCAGUGCUACGCGCAACCUCUUCUGGCUGGGCUGCGCCCACUCCAGGUGGAGCAGAUCCUCUCCGCAUACCAUGAACAGCUAAUGCAGCAUGGCUUGUGGCGCGAGGCGGCGGAGUUGCGGGAUACAUGCUAUCCCGCAUACCCCGCCGUCUGGGAGGACUUCAGCAAGGACAACGGCGUGCACCUCAAGGAGGAGGAGGGUAAGGCGCGCUGCGCAAUCUGCUGGGAGGAGACUUCGCCGUGGGCGGUGGGUGGUGGGCUGGGGUUGUUUUCGUCGUGUUUGCUUUGUGGCCAUAGCGGCCACAUGGAGUGCUGCCGCGCGUGGUAUGCUGGGGAGAGUGGGCAGGGCUGCCCCACUGAGGGGUGCCUGUGUGACUGCACGGUGGGGAGCUGGAGGGAGGAGAAGGGGGUGGUGCAGGAGGCGCCGAAGGGCGCGGUGAAGGAGGAUUCCUUCACUGCGAAGGAGAGUCGGGCUGUGGAGGGCGCCCGCAAGGCGCUCAAGUAA